AUGAAUGGCAAGAUGAAAAUCCACAAGGCUCUUUCGCAGCGCUUGAGGAUCUCUCGCCUCAGGAGGCACGAUUUUGCUCCACUCAUCCAAUUGAGUGUUGAGCGACUCAGGUAUCAGCCUCCGGAGUCCCCUCUCCACAGACAUCGUCAACUGGCGCCUAAUGCCAACGUUCGUGUCUCGCCGUUCUGCCUCGGCACCAUGGGUUUUGGGGAAGCUGACAAACACCGCAUGGGCGAAUGCACUAAGGAGACGGCGUUCGAGAUACUCGACAACUUUUGGGAACUCGGCGGAAACUUCUUGGAUACCGCCUGCGGAUAUCAAGCCCAGCAGUCGGAGCAGUGGCUAGGAGAGUGGUUUGAGGCCAGAGGCAACCGCGACGAGUUCGUGAUUGCAACCAAAUACUCGAGCGCAUACUGCAAGCACGAGAAGGACAUCAAAAUCCAAUCCAACUUUGGUGGCAACGGUACCAAGAGUCUUCGUCUGACUCUUGAGAACUCCUUGAAGAAUCUGAGGACGACUUAUAUCGACCUUUUCUACGUCCACUGGUGGGAUUACAACACAUCGAUUCCGGAGCUCAUGAAUGGACUGAAUGAUCUCGUCAGUGCGGGCAAGGUUAAUUAUCUUGGAAUUUCGGAUUGCCCCGCCUGGGUUGUCGCCAAAGCGAAUCAGUACGCCCGUGAUCACGGCCUGCGCCAGUUUGUCGCCUACCAAGGCCUUUGGAAUGCGGCCGUCCGUGACUUUGAGCGCGACAUUAUCCCGCUGUGCAGGGACGAAGGUAUGGCCCUCAUACCAUAUGGCGCUGUAGGUGGAGGGAAGUUUCAAACGGCAAAGGCACUGGAAGAGCGCGAGGCAAACAAUCCGGGAAGAAAAGGCGUGCCGAGCGAUACCUACAAGGCAGUGUCCGCAAAGCUUGAAGCGGUGGGGGAGGCCAAGAAGGCUACCCUUCAUAACGUCGCCCUUGCCUAUGUGAUGCAAAAGGCUCCCUAUGUGUUUCCGCUUGUUGGAACACGCACUCUGAAGCAUCUGAAAGAUGCCGUCGAGGGUCUGAAGGUCAAUCUCUCUGAUGAUGACAUACAUCAGAUAGAUCAGGCUAGUCAUUUUGACCCUGGAUUCCCUCAUACUUUCCUUUCUGGGUCGCUUUGGGGUGGAGAGCCAUCUGUGCCUCACGGCGGGAAAGAUGUUUGGUUGACGAACACGCUAGGUACAUUUGAUUAUGUAGACUUGCCAGGUCCUAUCAGACCGAAAGCUUGA